CUCUAUCAUUAACCAUAUAUAACAAUAAGACAGCUACUGGAGCUCCUAGCAUUAUACCAUGGUUGUCAUUGUUGCAUUGCUAAGCUCACUGCUGAUCUUUUCAGUCAUUCCUCCAGGAAAUGCACUGAGCUUAAACUACUAUGACAAGACAUGCCCCGACACUGACUUAAUUGUCACCAAUGCAGUCAAGAAUGCGGUGAUGAAAGACAAAACAGUCCCUGCAGCUAUACUCAGGAUGCAUUUCCAUGAUUGCUUCAUAAGGGGCUGUGAUGCUUCUGUGUUGUUAAAUUCAGUGGGGAAGAACACUGCAGAAAAAGAUGGGCCACCUAAUGUUUCUCUACAUGCUUUUCAUGUCAUUGACGAUGCCAAGAAAGAGCUAGAAUCAUUGUGUCCCGGUGUAGUCUCGUGUGCUGAUAUCUUGGCUUUAGCUGCAAGAGAUGCAGUUGUGCUGUCUGGAGGUCCCAAUUGGUAUGUGCCUAAAGGAAGAAAAGAUGGAAGAACAUCAAAGGCCAGUGAAACCAUACAAAUGCCAGCUCCCACCUUCAACAUUUCUCAGCUUCAGCAAAGCUUCUCCCAAAGAGGUCUGUCCAUGGACGACCUAGUGGCCCUCUCAGGUGGCCACACUAUAGGGUUCUCUCAUUGUUCAUCAUUCAGAAAUAGAAUCCACAACUUCAACUCCACACAUGACAUCGACCCUUCAAUGCAUCCGUCGUUUGCAGAAAGCUUAAAAAGCAUUUGCCCACAUAACAAUAAGGUCAAGAAUGCUGGGGCCAACAUGGAUCCAUCUUCCACAACUUUCGAUAACACAUACUACAAGCUAAUUCUCCAAGGCAAGAGCCUGUUUUCUUCGGACCAAGCUUUGCUUACUUCUCCACAGACAAAAGAUCUGGUUUCCAAGUUUGCUAGCUCACAAGAAGCUUUCUCAAAGGCUUUUGUGAAGUCCAUGAUCAAGAUGAGUAGCAUCACGGGAGGACAAGAGGUCAGAAAGGACUGUAAGGUGGUCAAUUAAGGAGACCCUAAACUUAUCUAUACAAUAUUUUAGACAUAAUCAAGCAAAAUCAAUCAUCAAUCCUUUUUUUAAGCUUAUUUUAGGAGGAUUGCAAUAAUUAUAAGAUUGUAUGGUUUGUUUGAGAACCACAAAGCAUAUGGCUACUCCCUGUAACAAUAUAUAUAAUAUUUGAACACAGUCUAUUCUAGUAUUGCUUCUAAA